CCGACUGAGUAGUGAAUGAAGUAUCUUGAGUUUGCCGUUUACCUCCCCAAUCAAGUGUCUGUUUUAGAAAGAACGUCGCCAUUCGUUUGCAUUAAUUAGAAGAAUAAAAGUUUGUUAAUCGUCAGUGGAAUCAUUACGAUGUGUUAAGCAGUGAACCAAUUGCCAUUAUUUUCAUUUAAUAUCUAUUCGAGUGUAACAAAAACCUCUAGAGCUAGAUGUAAUUCUAGUAAAUGCUUCCAAAACAAACUUGGCCACCUCAAUAAUGCAAUCAAGUGCGGGCAAUUCUUUUAGAAAAAUUGAAUUAGUAUUAUGUAGAUUUUGAAGCCAAAUGAGUUUAAAAUGCUGAAAAUAAGUGAUUUAUUUGUUUUUUAAUAUCGUCCAUGUCAAAUGUCAGCUACAAUGUUGUUGACAGUUAUGUCACCUGAAGUUGUUUUCCUACAAAAGAAAGUUUAUAUUGUUUAUAUUUUAAGCUUAAAUAGUUAAUUGCUACCCAAUAUAUUGCGGUAGUAGUGUUUCUAAUUAAUUAAUUCUAUCAACUAAUUACCUUGGGUAUGUGCGCUGUGGAAGAAAAAUGAAUAAAUAAACCUUAUGUGGUAGCUAAGCAGUGUCAUCAAUUCCUAUUAUAAUAUGAACCUUCAAUUUAUAAAUGUGGUUUUUGGAUAAUAUAAUCAAUUGUGGAGAUGGAUCCAGGAGUCCCAAGUGUACCUAUCACCACACUUGCGGGUGUAGCAAGUCUUACAGACUUACUCCCCGAAAUGCCAUUACCAACCCCGUCACCACAGACACUGAGUAAUAAAUCUUUAUUAUUCCAUCCUCGAGUAGCUGAAGAAGCACAGAAUUUACUUGGUGUCAGAGAUGAAGUCUUGAUACCUCAACUAGUCCAGUCCUUAGAAAAGACCUCAGCAGAACAUAUAGAAGUAAAAGAUAAUUAUGCUGGGACUGAUUCUAAAUUGGAACAACAAGAAUCCAUGCCAGAGAUAUUGCGGGCUCUCUUGGAUUCGAAUCCAUAUAUCUUUUAUGGAAACAAACCUCAUACUGCACAGACUGUACGCCUGGUGCCACUUAACCGGAUUCCACAGACACAACCUUCACAAUCCCUACAAACGAAGCAACAAGAAUCCCAACUUCGACCUCAGCCAGCUCAACCACGGCUACAGCCACCUCAACAGCGAUUACAACCUCUAACGCAGACACCACAGCCUCAACAAAGAUUACAGAAUCAACAGCAAACACCAACUCAUCAACAAUCCCAGAGCUCACAGCAACAAUCAUUAUAUAUCCUAACAACGUCAAAUUCUCAACCUGCUUCUCAUGUUCAACCCCAAACAUCUCAUCUUCAACCCCAACCUUCUUCUCAUCUUCAACCUCAACCAAAGUCAAAAGGAGCUUUUCCACCUCACUGGAAUAAUACGGGUGCAAGUAUGUUUACAGUUAAGUCAUCUACAGACGAAAGUGAAAUUAGACAAGCAGCGAUUAAUUCAUUUAAUCACCAACAACCUAUUAUAUCCCCCAAUUCGCGUGAUGGUAUAAAUAACCUAUCAAAUAGCGAAAGUUCUGAUCUGACAUCACAAAAAUCUACUUCGUCCCACGAUUUGGAUGAAUCUAUAAUGUACCUAACAGGUAGCAGUACCUCUAGUGGAACACAGCAAAGAGCUGCUCCACCCCAUGAAAUGGAUAACUCUUUGAUUAGCAUAUCAGAUGAUAGUUUUAUCGAGACACAGACAAGAGCUGUUGAAAAUACCGAAAUAAAUGACACUAUAAUUUCCAUAUCAAGUGAGAGUGAUUUUGGUGGAUCAAAAACAAAAGCCGUUCCACAAGGUCAAUCUAAAUCUAAAGAUGAUUUUUCCAUUGGGACAGGAAAUACAACAGUAAUACCUUCCAAUCUAGUACUAAACCAGAAACCUAUUAUGAAACCGUCCCUUCAUGAUCAAUCCAUAUUGGAAGCAGCACAACCUCUAUCGAAUACUCUAACUGUGAACAACUUUAAUAACCGGUCAACACAAACUUCAACCAGUGAACUUAGGCAGUUGAGGCGAAAUCCAGCAAGAGGACAACAAGCAGAUAACACAAAAAAUACAUCAAAGACUGAUACACCACCAACAAUUCCAGUAACCAUGCUAAAGCAAAAUUCAGCUGUAAAAUAUGACUCAAAAGUGCAAUCUGAAAACAUAGAAACGGGAACCGAAAAACCAAAGGAAAAUAAAGCCAUUGAAACAAACGAAAUUAAAAUCACUGAAGUCAAAGGAAGAGAUUCAAGUGAUGUAUUGGAAUUGGAUAUGAAAGCUUUGAGUGAAGCUGUAACCUGUGAUCAUUCUAUUAAGCAACCCAUUAUAAAAUUGUAUAGGUUGAGUUCUGAAGAUCAAGCAUUAUUACUAAAGAGUAUUAAAGAGUUCAUAGAGAAGAAACCUAAGAUGGCAAAAGAUAUGGGAAUUCAUUUACUCUAUUCCACAAACAAUGAAGACAGGGAGGACUAUCAAUCAGAUGAAGAUCUUGGAAACAAACGAAAAAGAUCAAACAGAAAACAUAUAGGAAGUGAAAGUGAUGAAGAUUAUGAACCGGAUACAUUUUCGGCUUUAGUUGGAAGUAAGCGAAGAAAAAUAGGUAAAGACGAAGUGCCAGAACCUGUAAUUGUGAAACCUAAACUCAGGAGGGUUGAAAAGAAAUUCGUUCCAGUUCUAGAAAAAUUAUCACAGGAAGAAUUGAUGGAAACUAACACCUAUCAUAAAUUCAAUAAAUCUAUUGAAUAUGUUCUCAGAUCGGGAGAGGACAUUGAUGCCUCAGAUAUAGGUGAUGAUGGUACAAUUCAAGAAGAGUAUCUUUUGAGUCGAUCUGUUAUGCAGGAGUUGUGUACAGAAGCAGCUAAAUUGAAAAUACUGGGAGCUAUGGAGAUGAUACCUACUGAUAAACUUACAAGGCUUUUGAAUAUAUUAGAAUUAAAUAUUAGAGGAGGUGAUAGAGUAUCACCAAUAUCAGACGAAGACAAUGAAAGUAUUCGUCAGCUAUGGCUAGAAGCUGCAAUGGAAAGAGUGAUGGGCGCGGCAGAUGCUUGCUUAGUCUGUAUGUACAUAAUGACGUCACGAAACAUGUCAAAACGUGUCUACCUUGAAGAAGUUAUAGAUCGAGUGGUCCUUUACAUUAAGUACCAACUGCACAAUACCAUUUUUCCUUCAUUUGAUUCCACUUACAGAUUAGAUAAUAAAAAGAAAGACGGUCGUCGAAAGAAAAAUACUCAAGUUUCAGAAAAAGGCAUUUUAGUUUUAUAUACGAAAAUUUCAGAGCUCGUCAACUUACUAGCAGAAUUAUUAAAUAUUCAAAUUCUGACAGAUACAUCAGUGCUUCACGCUUCUUCCAUGGGUGUCUCGCCAUUUUUUGCUGAAAAUGUUAGUGAGCUACAGUUGGCUUGUCUAAAACUUGUAACAACAAUUUUCACAAAAUACGAAACGCAUCGAAGACUGCUAUUGGAUGACAUUCUAGCUUCUAUUGCUCGCCUUCCCAGUACAAAGCGUAGUUUAAGAACAUAUAGAAUAAAUAGUGAAGAACAUAUACAAAUGUUGACUGCAUUAGUUUUACAGCUUAUACAAUGCGUCGUAGCUUUACCAGAUAAUUUUUUACCAAAAGAAUCCAAAGAUAAAUCUCAAACUGUUGACAAAAACACUCCUAAGAUUGACACUGAUAUUUUCAUUUGCAACAAAUACGAAAAAGCCACAUCCACUGCAGGUACUUUUCUUACUGUAUUUUUGAACAAGUGUGGUAAUAAGCAAGAAGAUAUUGAUUAUCGUCCUUUAUUUGAAAACUUUGUACAAGAUUUACUCUCAACUGUUAAUAAACCAGAAUGGCCAGCCACCGAGCUACUUCUUUGCUUAUUAGGUAAAAUGCUGGUAAAGAAUUUUUCCAAUAAAGGUACUGAUAUGUCUCUAAGGGUAGCUAGCUUAGAUUACUUGGGAGUAGUGGCUGCUAAAUUGAGAAAAGAUAGUGUCUUGUCACGAUGUAAAUUAAAUACCAUAGACCAAAUGAUAAAGGAUAUCAAACAAGAAGAACAGAAGGAUAACGAAGAGAAAUCAUCUAAAAAUAAGAAAAAGAAAAAUGUGGUUAAUACCGAUAAUGAACGCGCCCAGUUUCUCCAACGGGUGUUAUUAGAUUUUCUCGCGGUAAACGCUCAAAAUGAUGAAGCUUACAAGUAUGCGAGACAUUUUUACAUAGCUCAGUGGUACAAAGAUGCUGUAACUGAAAAAUCACAGUUGGCUAUGGGCGAUAAGAAUAAUUCUAAAGAUAAUAGUCACAGAUCAAGAAAGUACAAAGAUGAUGAAGAUGACGAAGAUUCUGAUGAAGAAAAGAUGAAAAAUAGAAAAAGUUCCGAACAAGAAAAUACGGAGAUAUUUGCCCAAAUAGAAGAAAAGAAGAAAUUUCUUCUUAGUAAAAUUAAGCCUUUUCAAGAAUCUAUAUCUGCUGGGAAUAGAGUUCAAGUUUUCCAAACGUAUAUAGAUUACAGUAGUGCAGAAUUAAUUGCACAAUUUUUGGCUUCCAAGAGAUAUUUUUCUCAAAGCUUUGAUCAGUAUUUAAAAGCGAUUUUAAUAGUCUUAAAAGAGACUUCCAUAGCAAUUAGAACCAAAGCAAUGAAAUGCCUUACAAUGAUAGUAGAAGCGGACCCAUCGGUUCUGGGUAGACACGACAUGCAAAUUGGUGUAAAUUUAUCUUUUCUUGAUCAUUCGACGUCAGUAAGAGAGGCAGCAGUAGAUUUGGUGGGAAAAUUCGUCCUUAGUAGACCUGAACUAAUUAACAAAUAUUAUGAAAUGUUAUCUGCCCGAAUAUUGGAUACUGGUGUUAGUGUAAGAAAAAGAGUCAUCAAAAUUUUGAAAGAUAUUUGUAUAGAAUGCCCUGAAUUUCCAAAAGUUCCAGAGAUUUGUGUCAAAAUGAUUAGGAGAGUAAAUGAUGAAGAAGGUAUUAGAAAACUGGUUAUGGAGGUGUUUCAGAACAUGUGGUUUACACCUACUAAAGAUACAUCCUUGUUGAGGAAAGUUAUGAAUAUUACAGAUGUAGUUGCUUCAUCUGAAGAGAUUGGAUUAGAAUGGUUUGAGCAACUUUUGCUAAGUUUAUUCAAACCUAAAGAAGAUAAAGACGAUUCAACAAAAGUAAUGACAGAACCUCCUAAAGCCCUCUUGCUAGCGUGUCGGCAAAUAGUGGAUUGUUUGAUUGAAAAUGUCCUUAGCUUAGAAGAAACAUCAGAGAAUACUAGCACUUCGCAAAGACUAGCGGCAUGUCUGACAACCUUGUAUUUAUUCGCUAAAAUUAGACCCCAGUUAUUAGUAAAACAUGCCAGCACAUUACAACCUUAUUUAGGAUUAAAAUGUCAAACAAAAGGGGAUAUUCAGAUUAUAAGUAGUGUUGCUAAAAUGCUUGAAUUAGUAGUACCGUUAAUGGAACAUCCUAGUGAUUCAUUCUUAGCUCAGCUGGAAGAGGAUGCUCUGAAAUUAGCAUUACAGUAUAACAGGCCAAUUGUCAGCAGUUGCUUGUCUUGUUUAGGAUCAAUCAUUAAUAAAGUUACCCGUAAUUAUAAACUAAUUAGAGACUGUUUCAAAACAUACUAUGAAUAUUUAAAGAAGUUCAAGGAAUGGAUAGAAAAAAAUUUAAAUGUGCUUGGGGAGAUGAAGGGUAGAGCUACAUUUAGAAGAUCUUUGUUUAUAGUAGGAUUGUUGCUAAAGCAUUUUGAUUUCAAAGAUCCUGAAGUAUUAGGUGAUUUGACAGUUGAUCUUAAAAACGAAGUUUACCAAAUAAUGAUAUUUUUUCUUCGUAAAGAUGACACUGAUAUACAAGUUAAUACACUGAAAGCUAUUGGUUGUAUAUGUAUUAGGCAUUAUGAGUUCAUGUUGGAAAAUGAAUUAAAAACAUUCUACCACCAACAGCUUACAAUGGAAGAUGCUCCACUGGAAAUGAAGGUUGAAGUUCUUACUAAUAUUGAAAGUUAUUUGAUUGAGGAAGAAAAUCGGAUGAUCCAACAAGAUUUAGAAUGGUCCAAACGAUCGAAACAAGAAAAUUUGAAAGAAAUGGGGGAUGUUUCUUCUGGCAUGGCAAGUACUGUGAUACAACUGUAUUUGAAAGAAAUAAUGGAAUCCUAUCUACAUCCCAGUUUUAAAGUCAGGCAUCCUGCUCUUCGAGUAAUACAACUUGUAUUGCAACAGGGUUUGGUACACCCGGUACAAAUUGUACCAUAUUUAAUUUGUAUGAGUACAGAUUGUGAAAAGGUUAUAUCAUAUAGUGCAGAUAAACAAUUAUCAGAUAUAGAGAAAAAAUAUCCGGGGUUCAUUCAUACAAAAUCAUCAUUUGCUAUUCGCUUAUCCUACCAGUUACAGGAAAUAUUGCAAGGUGGUUCAAUAGUUCGAGGAUCUCGAGUGAAAGAGAAAGGAGAAUAUCCCUCUGCUUUGAAUGGUUAUUUGUAUUCAAUACUUCGUAGUUCAAGACAACAAAGACGUGCCUUAAUACUUAAUAUUUUGAAACAAUUUGAUGAACAAGCUCGAACCACUUUAUCAUAUAUGUUAUACUUAGCCGAUAAUAUGGCAUACUUUCCUUAUCAAGUACAAGAUGAGCCACUUUUCAUCGUACACCACAUAGAUAUCAUGAUCUCACUUUCUGGAACUAAUUUAUUACAAAAUUUUAGGGAUUGUUUGAUGGUUGAAGGUCAGACAAAUAAAAUUCCAGACACAGAAAAUAGUGGGGCAAUAAAUGUAGUUUCAGCACUCGACGAGGAUGACGAUGAUGAGGAAAGUUUGUUAAGUCGUGUACCUGAAGAUACAAGUCAACUCCAAGCUUACAUUACAGCUGCACAAGGCUGUCUACUUCUUCUCAUGUUAAAGCAACAUAUUAAAGAUGUAUAUGGCUUGAGCGAUGGGAAAAUUCAACAGUAUUCACCAUCAGAACCAGCUAAGGUGUAUGAGAAAGCUAUAACACGGAGAUCAAAUGCCCUUUUCAAUCCUAAGGCCACGAUACAGAAAUUAAAGGAAGGCAAACUGCCUGAGUACUUAGAUGAAGAUGGUAGGCGUGAUCUCAUUCGGCAAUAUAUAGAUUUUAAGCAACUAAUGUUGCGCCUUGACCCAGAUGAUCCAGACGAUGAUGAAAAUGCUCCUAAAUUACUCACUGCAUUAGCGAAUACACAAUCAACUCACCAAACAAAUACAGGAGCGCCAUCAUCAAUACUUACAGAGGCCGAUCAAGUAGUAUUGGACAAUUAUAAGGAUUCCCCACCGAAAGUGCCCAAACUCGUGAUAUCAAAUCGAAGGUUCGAUAGUGAUACGAAACGUACUGCACGGACUCAAAAAUCCGAGAAAGUGAAAAAGCAUAGACAUAAAAAGAAGCGAAGAAAGUUCGCGAGUUCUUCCGGUGAAGAGAGCGAAAAUGACUAUAGUGAUCCUGAUUUUAUGGCCUAGCUAUGCGUUCAAUUGAGUAGACUUCACUGCUCAGACUGUACAGUGACUUAUAGUUGAAUCGUCGUCGAAAAAAUUAUUAUUGUGCUAGUUGGUAAACGGAGUUAUAAGCCACGAAAACAAAACAGUUGUCCAGUCAUUUUUGGAAGAUUUUUGAAGUGAUCCUUGCGAUUGGUUAGUGAAGUUCUUGAUAAUUUGUUUAGUUCAAUUCAGUUAAUUAAAACCUUAUCGUCAAAAUAAAAUGUUACAAAAAAAUUAUCAUUCCAAGAAUUACUGGAGAAAUAUUUUUGUAAAGACUCCGCAGAUUGGAUUAUUAACGAAUUAUAAUUAGACUCCAAAAUGAUAUGGGGUACUUUUUGUAUGAGUAGUGGAAGCACUUUUAAUUGUACAUGAACUGUAACAUUAAAUUGAAAAAUAAUGGUGAUUUGUUCUAAUAUUACUUUCUCAGUUUGCUUUGUAGAAAUUUUCACAUCUGUUUAUUAUAAAUAUGAUAGAGAACUUUAUUGAAUGUGAGAAUUUCUAUAAUUAUUAUUUUUGUAUAGUUUUCUUAUACAUUUUUUUAAAAAUAAGUGAAAUCAGGGGAUCUUAUAAACAUGACCAAUUUUCAGGAGCGUUGUCAAUGCUUCAAUAUCAUUUAUUUAUUUGUGUCCACUAUACUAUAAAAUAGCAGAAAGGACAUAGUUGUAUUUUUUGAAAUUAUUUCUAAUUGUACAGGGCUUAGAAAUGAAAUUAUCCACUUAUUAUGUGGCUGAAAUAUUGUCCAAUUAUACAGAAUAUAUCUUUUAUUUUCACAAAAGCUGCUUGAAUAAAUUAGUAAUAAGAAUAUUUGGAACAAAAAAAUGGACCGAAAAUUUUCAGUUAGACUAGGCACUAGUAAAAGCAAUAUUAGAAUUGGCAAGCUGGUAUUGUUUUAUUUGAUUACAACUCCUUUUUUCCUCUCACGAGAAUUACACCCAUUUAUUUGAAUCUAUUAGUAUUUUUAAUGCAUUUUAUGCUAGUAUCUCAAACUUUGGAUUUGGUAAACUUAAUCUCAGUUUAAUGAAGUUCACUGUGGAUUUUGUAGUGUAUAGUUUACAGUAUCUUAACCCCAAUACGUGUUUUAAUAUUCGCGGUAACAAAAUUUUAAUGUCGAUACUAAGAAUAACUACCUAAAUCGUACUGUGCAGAUCGAAAACCCCAAGAAACUGACAAUCUUCGUAUAUCAUACUAUACUGUUUGUUUCAAAUCUUCAUUUUCCUUUCAUUCAAGCAACUUUUAAAUUUUUUCAGUUAUGUAUAUGUCCGAUAGGUAUUGAAUUUAUAAGAGAUUAUAUCAUUGAAUUUCAACAAAGUGGCACUUUCUUUGAAACUUCGUACAAAAUUGCUCAGUUUUAUAAAAGUGUGAUUAAUUAUUAUAAUUGUAUGUAUGGUUAACUUUCAAAAUGCUGGUUAAUAAGAUAUCCUUGUUAACAUUCAAAGUUUCUUCAAUUGGAUUCUUUAUAAUUUAUUAUGUAUAAUUAACAAUCCCUGAAUUUAAUUUCAUAAGCAAAAAAAUGAAACAGCAUCUUCUAAGUUAGUCAUCACAUUUAUUUUCAUAUAAAUUUAUAGAUUUAUUAAAAUGUAUGAUUACGCCGUAUUCAUACAGUUUUAUUAUGUUAUGUGUUGAAAAUUUUCUGUUUUGAUUUAGUAGGAUUCUUUUCUUCAUGACUUACUUUUUAAGUAAUUCGAACUGUAUCUUUAUCUAGACACGAAGAUUCAUUUGUAAAGCUUAUUAUAAGCAAACUAGUGUAUGUAUACCUAUUUGUAAUCUAAAUGUGUACCUACGCAUUUAUAUUUAUUUUUUUCAUUUAUGCAAAAUGAACAGGAAUAUAAAUAAAUUCUGGAUUGCAUUGAAUAUUGAUAGAAGAUAAUCUUAAUUCAGUCCUUUAAUGGAAUUAACUAGUAACAAUGCAAUAAAUGUGUGGUGUGAGGCUGAAAGCUUCAUUUUUAAUUUUCAUCUCUGUUCCUACAUGAAUUUUUCUAAAGAACUUGACAGCAGAAUGAAACUAAAAUAGAAA